AUGGAGGUUCCUUUGGCUGAGAAGAUGAAAGACAAGGAUAAGCUGGAAGGUGAUGGUCAGAGUGUAGCUAAGGAAUCUGAAAUGAAACAGGAGAUUAGAUGUUCUGUGGUGAACCUGGAUAUGGAAAAAGAGGGCUUGAUUGGAGAGAAGGGGGAUGGUGUUAUAGGUGGUGAUGUGACUCCUCUAGUUCUUGUUGAGGGAGGGAUUAUAUCUGGGAAAGCUUUUUUUGAUUCUUCAACUGGUCAGGCCCAGAGGGAUGCUGAUUGUUUUGUAUUGGGAAAGGAUCAAGUUCAGAGGCCUUUAGAAGUGGAACAUGUGUUGAUUGAUUCUCCAGUUACCCUACGUAUCCAAUUUGUUUCAAAUUUCAUUCAUUUGAAGGAUUUGGAUUUAGAAAAUUUGGGAGCUGAUAAUAGGAGGAUGCCAAAGGAUGUUUUGGUUAAGGGGAUGUUUGAGAGGGUUUCUCAGGAAAAGGUUAUGGAAAAUUUGAAGCCUUGUAUGCUCAAUAGACAGUCUUUUCAAUUUGAAAAUUCCUUAUUCUAUUUGGAACAUUUUUCCAUAUCUAAAAGUGGUGCUUCAGUUUCUUUGGAUGAUGAUAGGGGGUUGGUGAGUAAUAGGGAGCCCCUUGACAAGGGUUAUUAUUCUGAUACAGGAAGUAGAAGUAAAUAUUUGAUGGGAAAGGUUGUAGCAGAUAGUGAGGGUUUAGAGGAUUCAGAUGCAGUAUCUAUGGAAUUCUCUGGUGCUAAGGUAGAAAAUAGAUUGAGGAUGAGAGAUGAGGGUUCUCUUUGUCAUGAUUAG